UUUUAAAUUUUGAUUAAUUAGACGAUGAAUGCGUUGAAUGAUAUAGAAGAGGAAAUGAAAGUGGAUAUAGAAGAAUCGAAUUGGGCGAGCGAGGAGAUAAAAGGUUUCGCUUUGAGAAAAAUUAAAUCCAUAAAGAAGAAUAUUGGUUAUCCGGAUUGGUACAACAACGCGUCCAUCGUGGAAAAUUAUUUUGGCGAUCUCACGAUGGGACCGACGUAUUUCGAAAAUGCUUUGAGAUUUCAAAAAUUUUAUAAAUUAAAGGAAUUACGACUUUUGAAAUAUAAAGAUUUAGCAAAAUCGUGGAUUAUUGAUCCUUUGACGAUCAAUGCUUUUUACUUAAGCGAAUCGAAUUCGAUCACGGUACCCCUGGCCAAUCUACAGAAACCAUUUUUCAGCAAGAAUCAGCCAAAUACGAUCAACUAUGCAUUGACUGGAUUUUUACUGGCUCAUGAAUUAUAUCAUUCGUUUGAUGAAUUAAAACGUUUUUUCAAUGAACAUGGAAAAAAGAUAAAUUGGCCAAAAACAAUGACAAACGAAUAUUAUAAAAGCGCUCAAUGUUUUAUCGAUCAGUAUAAUAAUUAUACUUUGAAUGGCACAUCUUCUGGCAUAAAAAUUAAAAAUUAUGGCAAUCAAACUUUUGAUGAAAAUAUGCCAGACACUAUGGGAUUGAGAACUGCAUACAAAGCGUAUAAAAGAAGGGAAAGAAUAAAUAGGAAAUCAGAAGCAGCAUUGCCUGGAUUAGAAAUGUUCAGCAACGAUCAAAUUUUCUUCUUAUCGUCUGCAAAUUUAUGGUGUGAAAAUAGAGAUUCCGAAACAGAAAUAACGGAAGCUAAAUUAGACGUGCACAGUAUCGCACGAUUAAGAUCCAUUGGCGCUCUUUCAAACAAUCAAGAUUUUGCAAAUGCAUUUUCGUGCCCCAUUGGCAGUCCUAUGAAUCGUGAAAAAAAGUGCAACAUUUGGAAAAUAUAAUAGGAAUAUUUAUCAAAUAUAUAUAUAAGAAUUCAUCUUAUAUAUUUGCGUGGAGUCAUUGAACGUGAUUCCUAUUUCGAUUCUGUGUGAUUCCCUCACCCCCCUCCCCCUUCUCAAGCCACUGCAACGCUAUGGAAUCACCACGCCAUACCUUGCGACGCGAAAUCAACGUAGUAGAACAAAGGCAUCGGCGCGACCCACAUCAACAUAACAUAAUUUAUUCUUAUUUCCUUUGUUAAAUUAUAUUUUUUUAUGUUAUAUAUUUUUUAUUAUUAAUUAAAUCAAAUAACAAUCUAUU